UGCUUAAAAUACGACGACUGAAGUCGCUGAGACUCCAUACCGCUUUCAGCCUUGAAGAGAAACACUUUGAAAAUGGGGUUAGCAAUAGUCGUUGUGCUCCAUGGGAUGUUUCUGGCCUCCCUACCACCCGGCGUCCCCGUCUCGUCAAGAGGGGAAUGUGUGUACAGAUGUUACUAUCAGAAGGACUGUUCCUCCCUCUUCUACGAUGUUAGCACCAACCUGUGCCAGCUGUCUACUGAAGUGUACCUUGAACGCGACUUGACGAACACACCAACCAACAUGCAGUACCUUGUAUGGAGAAGAGAUGACUGUGGCAAUGACUACACGUGGUACCGUACUCUUGGCCUCUGCUACAAGAUCUACACCUCCAUAAAAACCUGGUUCAAAGUCAACACUACAUGUCAUCAAGACGGCGGAUACCCUGUCAAAGUGGACAGUGCUGGCAUCAACGCACUUGUGAACAAGAUAUCUGAUUCUUAUUCUGCCAGAAUAUGGCUGGGUGGUUUUCAAGUUGAAAAGCUCAGUGGAAUUUGGACAUGGCCUGAUGGAAGUGUAAUCACUCCCGCCUUCUGGGACGAAACCAGUAACCAGCCAGACCGAGGUAUAUCAGAUCAGUGUAUUCUGGUACAAUCAGGUUCUGGGACAUCCAGGAGGUGGCAUGAUGCCCCAUGUACAUGGGCCGCUCUGAUGUUCGUGUGUCAGCGUCCUCUGAAGGAAGAGCUUUACUGCUGGCAAUAGGUGAAAAGAAGACUCAUAUGAAACAGAUAUGAACAAACUACAGUUACAUGCACGAGUGAAACCGGUUUGAAUUUGUAAAAUGUGUUUGCAAUGAUGAGUGUCUAUUGUUUUGCAAGUAAUGUUACUGUAUAUUCCUGUUUGGGUGUCAGUCAGUGCACAAGUUACACUGAAUGCAACAAGGAUAUGUACAUGUACAUAUGAACAUUUAAUACACGAUUUCUAAAUUCUCUUAACAUGGAGAUUUGAAUUUUUUUCAUUCUAUAAUCUUGUGUGGAAUGUGUCGUGCAGCUCCAAGACGUUUACUGCUUUGUUCAAUUCAAAUCAAUUCUUUAUUGUAUGAAAGGCCACAGGCCAAUAUACAACAGAGUUACUUAACAUAUUUUAUAAAAUACAAAGUCAAGGUAACCAUUCACUUCGUAACAAAAA